CACAUUACUGUAACUGUAACUGAUGACGUCAUGAGAGAGGCUGAACUGCGGGAGAGGUGGCGGUGGUACUAGCAGAUCCCGCGAGAUUCUACACCCGGCACACGCGCUGCUGCCACAAGUAACAAUAAGAAGCCGGCUAGCUGGGCGCGCGCUCCGUACUACAUCGUCUCCCGCCAGCCGCGUGUGUGCUCUCAGCAGCGCUAGCGCCGCCCCCUGUGUGUGAGCGCCCAGCAGCAGCAGUAGUGCCGGCUCCGCUCAUCAUUGUCCGCUGCCGCCGCCGCACUCUCUCUCUAGGUUGGAGGUGACAUGUCUGAGGAAAGCGCUGAGCAGCAGCGAUGCGACUCGGCCGGCGAGGUGAGGGAGGAGGAUGCCGGGACAGAGAAGCCGACGGUGGAAGAGGCUGGGGAGGCUGGCGGGAAGCAGCGGCCGGCUGAGAGUGAUGAAGCCGAGGUGAAGGAGGAAGCGAUGGAGGACGGUCAGCCUGAAGUUGAAGGGGAUGACUCCCUCAACAAAUCAAAAGAAUCCAAUGAAAUGGAAUUUGGAUAUGAGGAAAAAAGGAAAACUGACCGAACAAACAGAUUUGAAUACCUUUUGAAACAAACAGAGUUGUUUGCACACUUUAUUCAACCAGCUGCUCAAAAGACGCCAACUUCUCCAUUAAAAAUGAAGCCUGGACGCCCUCGCUUAAAGAAAGAUGAAAAACAAGAUUUGAUAUCUGUAGGAGAUUAUCGACAUCGGCGGACCGAGCAGGAAGAGGACGAAGAGCUCUUAACUGAAAAUUCCAAAACAACCAAUGUUUGCACCAGAUUUGAAGUGUCCCCAUCAUAUGUAAAAAAUGGUAAAUUGAGGGAUUAUCAGGUCAGAGGCUUGAACUGGCUUAUAUCCCUGUAUGAGAAUGGCAUUAAUGGCAUCCUAGCUGAUGAAAUGGGUCUUGGUAAGACUCUACAGACAAUUAGUCUUCUUGGCUAUAUGAAACAUUACAAAUACAUUCCUGGACCUCACAUGGUUUUGGUUCCAAAGUCUACUUUGCACAACUGGAUGGCUGAGUUUAAAAGAUGGGUGCCCUCCUUGCGUGCAGUUUGUCUCAUUGGCGACAAGGAUCAGAGAGCUGCUUUUGUCCGUGAUGUUCUUCUGCCAGGAGAAUGGGAUGUUUGUGUGACCUCCUAUGAAAUGCUCAUUAGGGAGAAGUCUGUGUUCAAGAAGUUUAAUUGGCGAUAUUUAGUGAUUGAUGAAGCUCACAGAAUUAAAAAUGAAAAAUCUAAGCUUUCUGAAAUCGUGAGAGAAUUUAAGACCACAAAUCGGCUCCUCCUUACAGGAACCCCUCUUCAGAAUAAUUUGCAUGAACUCUGGGCACUUCUGAAUUUCCUUUUGCCUGAUGUCUUCAACUCUGCAGAGGAUUUUGAUUCUUGGUUUGAUACAAACAACUGUCUUGGAGAUCAAAAAUUGGUGGAACGUCUUCAUAUGGUGUUGAGACCUUUCCUUCUGCGUCGUAUAAAGGCUGAAGUGGAAAAGAGUCUACCUCCAAAAAAAGAAAUUAAAAUCUAUGUGGGCCUAAGUAAGAUGCAAAGAGAAUGGUACACAAGGAUCUUGAUGAAAGACAUAGAUAUCUUGAAUUCUUCAGGGAAGACUGAUAAAAUGAGACUGUUGAAUAUUCUGAUGCAGCUGAGAAAGUGUUGUAAUCAUCCUUACCUUUUUGAUGGUGCAGAGCCAGGCCCACCAUACACUACAGAUAUGCACUUGGUAACAAAUGGUGGUAAAAUGGUAGUGCUGAACAAACUUCUGCCCAAGCUAAAAGAGCAAGGAUCACGGGUGUUGAUAUUCAGCCAGAUGACAAGAGUGUUGGAUAUCCUGGAAGAUUAUUGCAUGUGGAGAAAUUAUGAAUACUGCCGACUAGAUGGACAAACGCCACAUGAAGAAAGACAAGAAUCUAUUAAUGCUUAUAAUGCUCCUGAUAGUUCAAAAUUCAUUUUCAUGUUAAGCACACGUGCUGGUGGACUUGGAAUUAACCUUGCUACAGCUGAUGUUGUCAUUAUAUAUGAUUCCGAUUGGAACCCCCAAGUAGAUCUUCAGGCUAUGGACAGAGCACACAGAAUUGGCCAAACAAAAACUGUUCGAGUAUUCCGAUUUAUAACAGACAACACAGUUGAAGAACGUAUUGUGGAACGUGCAGAGAUGAAACUGCGAUUGGAUUCUAUAGUUAUUCAGCAAGGAAGAUUAGUGGACCAAAAUUUAAAUAAGCUGGGAAAAGAUGAAAUGCUUCAGAUGAUUCGUCAUGGUGCCACGCAUGUGUUUGCUUCAAAAGAUAGUGAAAUCACAGAUGAAGACAUUGAUGCCAUCUUAGAAAGAGGUGAAAAAAAGACUGCAGAAAUGAAAGAGAAACUCUCAAACAUGGGUGAAAGCUCAUUGAGGAACUUUACUGUGGAUACGGAGUCCAGUGUUUAUAAUUUUGAAGGUGAAGAUUACAGAGAAAAACAAAAGAUGGCAUUUACCGAAUGGAUUGAACCUCCAAAGCGUGAAAGAAAAGCAAAUUAUGCUGUUGAUGCCUAUUUUAGAGAAGCUCUUCGUGUCAGUGAACCAAAAAUACCGAAGGCUCCACGACCUCCAAAACAACCAAAUGUUCAAGAUUUUCAAUUUUUCCCUCCACGAUUAUUUGAGUUAUUGGAAAAGGAAAUUCUUUAUUAUAGAAAAACAAUUGGUUAUAAGGUACCUCGCAACCCUGACUUACCUAAUGCAGCACAGGCACAAAAGGAAGAACAGUUGAAGAUUGAUGAAGCAGAGCCACUUAAUGACGAAGAGUUGGAUGAAAAGGAAAAAUUACUAACUCAGGGCUUUACCAAUUGGAACAAGAGAGAUUUUAACCAGUUCAUCAAAGCCAAUGAAAAAUGGGGACGCGAUGACAUUGAAAAUAUUGCCCGUGAAGUGGAAGGCAAAACUCCGGAUGAUGUAAUGGAGUAUUCAGCUGUCUUUUGGGAAAGAUGCAAUGAGCUACAAGACAUUGAGAAAAUCAUGGCUCAGAUAGAAAGGGGAGAAGCAAGGAUACAGAGAAGAAUUAGCAUAAAGAAAGCUCUGGAUACAAAGAUUGGCCGAUACAAGGCACCUUUUCAUCAGUUGAGGAUUUCUUAUGGCACAAACAAGGGAAAAAAUUACACAGAGGAGGAGGAUCGCUUUCUUAUCUGUAUGCUGCACAAACUUGGUUUUGACAAGGAAAAUGUCUAUGAUGAGCUUAGGCAAUGCAUCCGGAACUCGCCUCAGUUUAGAUUUGAUUGGUUUCUUAAAUCAAGAACUGCAAUGGAACUGCAGAGAAGAUGUAAUACUUUAAUAACCUUAAUUGAGAGGGAGAAUCUUGAACUGGAAGAAAAGGAAAAAGCUGAGAAAAAGAAACGUGGACCAAGAUCAUCCUCGGCUCAGAAACGGAAAAUGGAUGGAGCACCUGAUGGUAGAGGAAGAAGAAAGAAACUUAAGCUUUGAAAAAUAUAUCUUGUAAUCACUAAGUUUCAGAAGUAGUUCUUUACUUUACGGGUCUUCAUAAGAUGUACUGUACACUGAUCAGCUAUUAUGUCAUUCAAAGACAUUGGGUUCAUCUGUUUAUUGAACUAGAAGCAUAGUACUUAUUGUAGAUCUCCUUUUUUAAAUGACAGCUGUGCUGGACAUUUUUUUUUACAUUUAACAUUUGGAGUAAAAAAAAUAGGCUUCGUUAAAUAAUGUGCUAUUGUUAAUGUGUUUAUUUUUUUCCUUUCUCUACUCUUGAAAAGUAGACUGUAUAAAUACCUGUAAACAACUAUUUUUGUAUAGUCGUUUCGAUUUACAUGCACAAUACAUAGUUAUCGUAUGAUUAAUUCAUACAUAUUUGCGUCAGUCUUUAUUUUUUUUGAAAAUCGACUUAUCCCUAAUUGGAUACCAUGAAAAUAACCAUCAGUCAUUAAUCGUGAUAUCCAGGCAUUUUGAUAAUCUGAAACGGUAUCAGGGCUAAAAGGAUACCGCCCUAAAUAUUUUAAAGUUUAUAGGUAAUGUGAAGAGAGGAAAUAAUUGUAAAGCACCGUAGGCCAGAGUAAACCAACAAAAUGUUAA